AUGGAAGAACGAUUAAGUGAAGUUCUCAAAAAUAGUAAAUCAAAAAAAGGACCCACUACUAAAUAUAUACUCAAUACAACAGUCUUAACUAAAGGAAAAUUACUGAAGAAUGAGAGAAUUGGGGGAAAAAAUGACAAAAAACCUACUAAAGUCAUAUUGAUGGUUGGAGAAACAGGAACCGGGAAGAGCAGUCUCAUCAAUGCAAUGGUCAAUUACAUCAUGGGUGUCAGAUGGGAACACAAGAUUUGGCUGGAGGCAGUCGAGAUAUCAGAUGACUCCGAGUCUCAUACAGCAGUAGUGACUGUUUUUGAGGUUAAUGCACAGGACAGUCCAUUUUCUCUCAUUGUUAUCGACACACCUGGCUAUGGUGACACAGAUGGUCAUAAUAAAGACAAACUCAUUCCAGAAGCUUUACAGCAGUUGUUCAGAUCUGAAGAUGGCAUUCAUGAAAUCCAUGCAGUAUGUUUUGUGUGGAAGGCAUCAGAAACUCGCCUACAUGAAAGACAGCGGUAUAUUAUGGAUGAAAUUUUAUCAUUAUUCGGAAAGGAUAUAGAAAAGAACAUAAUUGUAGUCAUCACAAACUCCCAUGAAACUGUACCCAAAAAAGCUCUUAAAUUAAUACAGACAGCAAAAAUUCCAUGUGCAAAGAACAAAAAUGAACCUGUUUAUUUUCAAUUUAACAACUGUCAGAGUGAGAACUUUGAUGAGGAGGACAGAAAGAGUUACAAAGCAUCAUGGGAUCAUGGAAUUGAAAAUUUCAAACAGUUUUUCGAUUAUCUGAAUGGGAUAAACCCAAAAAGCUUGGAUAUGACAGAAGGUGUCCUUAGAGCCAGAAAACAAUUGGAUGCCAGUGUAAACAAUUUAAAAGACAGAAUCGUGUUUGCAGACUAUAAAAAACAAGAGCUGGAGCAAGCAAAAGCAGCUCUGGAGGAAUGUGAAAAAGGCAGAGAAAAAGAGAAUAACUUUGUAUGUGAAAUCGAUGAAGCCCAUAAACAAGAGGUCCAGAUAAACUCAUCAUGGUGGCACUUGAGCAAACAGGCGACCCGCUGCACUGACUGUAAGGAGAACUGCCACUAUCCAGGAUGCUGGUGGGCCAAAGAUCUCAAAUGGUGUAGUGUGAUGACAAAUGGAAAGUGUACAGUCUGCACUGGGAAGUGUGACCACACUAAACAUGUUAAAGAUGACAAAAUGUAUGAAAUUCAAAGAAGAAAGGUCAAAAGAACAAAGGAGGAUCUGAAAAAGAAAUAUGAAAAGGAGCUUGGAGAGAACAAGAGUUUGUGUAUUGGACUAGAGAAUGAGAUCAAAUGGCUAGAAGCAGAGAAGAUCAGGCUUGUGGAAGAGUGUUAUCAGUGUUUGGAUAAAUUAAUGGAGACAGCAUUAAAAUCUACAUCCAUGUCUUCUGUGAAACAUCUGGACUUCAUGAUUGAAAAAGUGAAGGAAACUGGGAAACAAGAAAGAGUACAGAGACUUGAGGACCUUAAAAUAAGAGCUCAGAUGGAAAAUGUGGGAUUAUAUAGAUCAAAGUGUGAAACUAUAAUUAUUUAUUUGUAG